AGUUUGGCACAUUGUAUGCUUAUCAUUUUAUUUACUUUGUAGUCGAAUGUUUUUACUCACUUUAUGAUUCAUCUUCUUUUCUUCUAGCUCAAUGAGAAAAACCUGUGAGUCUACAAAGAACUCAACAAGAUGGACAUUAAUAGCAUGGACAUCUAAAUAACCAUGAACCAUGCUAUGGAAUUCAGUUUUACGUUACUAAUUGUGUAUGUUUAUUCAUUGUUUUCACAUUUCACAUUUAAUGGUACAUUCCUUUGGGCAAAGGACCAGAAUGAGGCUCUGGUGUCUACAGUGGCUGUGAAUGAAUUUGUAUCAGAGAGGUGGUGAAAUAGCUGAGCAGAGUGAGCUCAGCAUAGCCCUCCCUACUGCGCUCCUAUAAAUAUCCACCAGCUCAUCCCCAGCAAACAAAACUGUGCCUUAAAGACAGGACAGAAGCAAGGAACAUCACCCAGCAUUCACUUAUACCUGCUUGGACAUUAGACUGGAGAUGGCUGUGAGAUCCUUAGGUGGAAUCUGCAAACUUGGACUACUCUUGUUCUCCUUGGUCAUGCUGUCCUACUUACCUAUAAGUACAUCAGUCAGUCUCGAUUUAACUGAGCUGAGAAACAAAGUUUCCAAAAUCAAAGUAAAUCCACGAGGGAAUCUUUGGGCAACAGGACAUUUUAUGGGUAGGAAGAGUAUUCCGGACGGCUGUGUAGAUUUGUCCGAGCUGAAACAGGAACAGAGAGCCAUGCAGCAUCCCCAACAGAGGACAGAUCCUAUCAACCAGAACACGGACUUCCUGGUAAAGCUUUUGAAAAGUUACUUUGAAGAAAGGAAACGAUAAGAUUGCCAUAACAUUUUCACUGAUAAUAUGGACAUUUGUGCUAACAUACAGCAGCAGAUUUCCCAGAGCUACCCACGACUUCCAUUUCACGAUUGUCUGAAUAAGGAGCUGGGAUUCACCUAACAUUCUGUGCUGCUUAUUCAUAACUAAUAUACCAGCAAGACAUAUUUUGAUAGCAUACGUGUGAUACAUUUUACAAUAACCUCCAAAUAUUAAAAGAAGAUCAAUUAAAAAUGA